GAGACACAUUCACCUGCACCUGCACCUCGCCUGGAGGCUUUGGGAGACGUGACACAACAAUGCAGGCAAUAGGGGGGGAGGUCUUCCAUGGAAGAAUCCGUGCAACAGUUUUUAUUUAUUAUGAAUGUUCAAUUGGAUGGGAGUAAACAAGAAAAAUCGCGAGUAUUGUUGCUGGUGAAUGCCGCCCCAGGUAGUUCCUUCCUCAGUUGAGUCGUGCCAACCAAUAAACCGGUUGGCUUAACCGUGUACGGUACGGGCUCCCGUGAUUGGCGACGACCGAGCUACAUCAUUGCUCUCUGGCAUGAACAUCCAUACAAAUUUUCUUUCAUCGUUUUAUAUCAACCGUCAACAACCAAAAUCAUGGUGCCACCGAUUCCUACAUUGCCCUCGAAAGCAGCCCUGGUCUACUUGGGCGAGGGUGCGGCAAAUGUUGUCUAUCGCAUUUCGGUCCCGUACCCCACGCCCCCACCGAGCCAAGUGGAAGAGUAUGGGGAAGGUACACCUCCCCCUACCGAUAUCGAGAUUGAGGACCCCGAUGAGCCAAUCGCUUCAGCUUCAGAUGUGAAGAUCUUUGACAGUAAGUUACUUGAUCAGUGCAAGCAGAAUCAUGGUGCAUAUUGGUCGAGGUUGCAUCGAUAUGAAGCAGCUACAUUCCAAAGACAACACAUUGGUUCCCUAUCUAAAACAUCAUACACUAAACCCUUCUUAGACAAGCUGCUUCGUCUUCGCAAAAACCUGGCGACGACCUUACCAUGUGCAGUUUCUCAAGCCAACUGGCUCCGUCUUAUCGUCCCCAUGUUCGGCUCAGAACAACUCGUCGAUCAAUUUCUAGUCCAGCUUCGUCCCGCCAGAGCGAUUGAACGCUUGAAUAAACAGCUUGUAGAAUCAGAAAAGCCCAGAUCUACUUCCAAAAAUUCAAUAUAUACCCACGAGGCACGUCCUCCCAAACGCCAUGGGAUAUAUCUAGCCAAUGACGAGCAUGGGUUAUUGGUUACCGAUAUGACCCCUGGUAAGUAGACAACACAUCUCAUUCGUUCAUUGCUGAUUCAAUCAGGACCUCUCAGAGAAGAAGUGAUGGAAUUCAAACCUAAAUGGCUUGUUCAAUCUCCUUCAGCCCCUACAAACGCAAAACGUUGUCGCCAAUGCGCCAAACGAGCUCGUGCCAACGCAAAAGCAAUUCGUAGUGGUCAUGAUGUAAGUCGUAAGACGUUCUGUCCAUUGGAUUUUGUGUCUCAAAAAACGACCGACAUUGAUCGCAUCACUUCACAACUGGAACCUGACGCAAGAAAAGCGCCUCGGUUCAAGCAUUGGUUGCAAUCGAAUACCUUAUUAAAGCGCCUCAAACAUGCACAAAUUCAACUCGAUCCAAAGGGUUGUUUCAAAGCUGAUCCUGAAGAUGAGAAAUUCCGGCUAGCCAUGACACUGAGAGACUGCACCGUGUUUCUGAAAUAUCCAUCCAACGGAAGAGGUGAUGGUAAAGUCGAAGCCAGGAUUGGCGAUCUUGAUCUCAAAAGUUCAGGCAAAGCCGAGUAUUGGAGAACGACGGAGAGGGACUUAAUCAACGAAGGAUGGUAUCAGGCGACGGAGAAGGAGUCGGAUCGUCAACCUUUGACGUGCAGUCUAUCGAGGAAGUAGGUAUUGAUGAAUUGGCUAAAAAAUGGGGUUGGCUAGAAAGGAAUAUAGCGGCGCAAGUUUUGGAGCAUGGAUUUUCUCUCGGAUACAACAGCGUUGUUGUCGGUUUCAGCUGGGUUUAAUACUAUACAAUAUGGGAGGACACAAAAAACUAUAGAUACCGUUCGUUCCAUUUGGAUGGGUUAUACUCUAUGGGCUAUCCAAAUUUUCUAGACAGGAACAAAAAAAUGCAUGAAAAGUUA